UUGGACAUGUUAUCCAGCUCAGAUAUAGACCGUUCAUCUUGAAGCUGCUGAAAUUAUGAAUGAAGAAAAUGAAAGCGUUUGUUUGAACAGGUCCCUGACGGACAUGGACAGUUUCAGCAACCUGGAAGACAUCGACGUGACAGCUGACGGGAGCCCGGUUCUGAGAUUCCUCAUCUGCCUCGUUUAUUCUGUGGUCUGCGCUGCGGGUCUGGUGGGCAACCUGCUGGUCCUCUUCUUCAUCAGGGUCAAGCAUGAGAGGAAGAAGUCCAGAGUGAACUUCUUCGUGCUCAACUUGGCAGUGACGGACCUUCAGUUCGUGCUCACGCUGCCCUUCUGGGCCGUGGACACCGCGCUGGACUUCAGCUGGCCGUUUGGAGACGCCAUGUGCAAAAUCAUCCUCUCGGUCACCGUGAUGAACAUGUACGCCAGCGUCUUUUUCCUCACCGCCAUGAGUGUGACCCGCUACUGGUCAGUGGCCUCGGCUCUGAAGAACAGAACCGCGCACAAGUCCUGCUCCACCAAACUGAUCUGCGUAGUUAUUUGGACACUGGCGACUCUGGCGACUGCGCCGACGUCGAUUUUCUCAACUGUGAGCAAUGUAACCGGAGAAAAACUGUGUUUGCUGAAGUUUCCCGGUGGACAGUACUGGUUGGCAGUUUAUCACAUACAGAAAAUACUCGUAGGUUUCGUACUGCCUAUGUCCAUCGUGUCCAUCAGCUACAUCAUGCUGCUGCGUUUCAUCCGCAUUCGGAGUAUGAAAACAAGCAACCCCAAACGAAGAUCCCAGGUUACAAAAUCAGUCACCAUCGUCGUGUUGUCCUUCUUUCUGUGCUGGAUGCCAAACCACGCCAUCACCCUGUGGAGUGUACUGGUCAAACUGAACGCUGCGAACUGGGACAAAUCGUACUACAUCGUGCACACGUACGUGUUCCCACUGACCGUCUGUCUGGCGCACACCAACAGCUGCCUGAACCCGAUUAUCUACUGCCUCAUGAGGAAGGAGUUCAGAAACAAACUACGAGAUCUGAUACGCAGAGGAUAGUGGUCUUGGAGCUUUGGGGACGAUGUGACCGAGCGCGAAACGUGUCGACAAGCGGUAACCAAGACGCGCCGAGUGCGCACGGCAAAGCGGGCAUGCAGUGAGAGGGGAGACCUGCCAGAAAGCAACGAGGACGUGCAGGAUAUGUCUAGACUAUUACUGGACUCUGCUUAUGGAAAAUGUGACUUUCAUUCGCGCGUCUUGUCUUUAAACGCUGGCGUAAAGUGGCUCAUUUCUAUAGAGAAACCGCUGUAGCUCGGCUAGUAGACGCACAGAAAUUGCUCAUUUUGUGCAAAGUUAUCACGCUUGUGACCAUCGUGGCUUUGCAUGUUAAGUAAUCAUUAGUGACUCAUCUCUAGGUUACAGUCUAAGUGACUGCGUGCGUAAAAGCGCAUGCCAAUUAACCACCCAUUAGUGUGCCCGUGUCACAGCCGGACAGGUGGAGCAGAGCGCUUCUGUGAAUGUCUUAGCUAACAAUGUAAACAGUGUAUGAUAAGUGUGUUCAUAAGACAAUCAACAAGACCUCAGGUCCUGAAUAUGAGUUAUUAUUGUUAUUGACUACAGCGUGCCGACAUCAGGA